AGAAAGAAGGGCACGCUUUGCUUGUUGAAACAAACAACAUAUAUAUUGAGGGAAAUGGUUGCGUGUGUAGUGUAAUCACACUGCUCCUUAUUUCUGUAUCAAAAAGGAAUCUCUUUUCUUUCGAUUUCUAUAAUCUUUUCCUUAUUUUUGCUUCAUUUCCAGUCAUCCUUCUACCUGUUCCUCCCUAUUGGUCUAUUUCUGUGCAAUCUUCAAGAUUUGAGACACACAGCUUUAGACACAGGAGGAGACAGCCAUAGCUAUAAAGCAAAGAAAGUUAUAUACAUAUAUAAUCAAGAAAAGAUAUUCUGUGUCUUGCAAAUCCCAAAAAGAAAUCAACUUUUUCUCUAGACUCUAUUCAUCCAUCCAUCUUAAGUUCAGUUAUUGUUUCUUGGGGUUUUAAUUUCAUUUGCAUAGGUGUUAUUAUUGCUCACAUCUCUUUUGCUUUUGAGUUGGAGGGCUUUGUACCAUUUUCUUGGUUUUACAGAAGAAAACAGCUGGAUUUGUUCAAGGAUGUGGAGGGUUGCUUUCUUCUGUAUAUCCAUGUUUAUGAUCUAAAGAACUGAAAAAAGGAGAGUUUUUUGUGAUUUUCCAUCUGGGUUUGGAGUAAAAGAGAACAUCUUGGUAGAAAAAAGUAGAAAUGGAAAGUGGGUAUUCAAGGAUGGAUGAAGAGAUCCAUCCACAGCUGCUAGAUUUGAUCCCUAAAGAGAGGAACUGGUUUCUAAAAAGAGAAGAUGAUUGUAAUAAAGAUGGAAGUAGAAGAAGCCAUGGACAUGGACAUGGAGGUGUUUCAGAUGAAAAGAAACUUGAGUUAAGGCUUGGUCCACCUGGGGUUGAAGAUUGGUCUCUUUCUUCUGAUGCACCCAAAAACUACAAAUCACCAUCAAAAGCAGCUGCUGUUCAGGUCCCCAAUACCUCUCAGAAAAGUGCACCUGCUCCAGUUGUGGGAUGGCCUCCAAUUAGGUCAUUUAGGAAGAAUAUUGCAAGUAACAGCUCUGCAAAACAAGCACCUUCUCCUGAUACCCAAAAUGGGGUGAUUUCUAACAAGAACAUUGUUAAAAGAGUAGAAGAAAGUUGCCAAAAAGGGUUCUUUGUGAAGAUCAAUAUGAACGGAAUCCCGAUUGGUCGAAAAGUUGAUCUGAAUGCUUAUGACAGCUAUGGAAAGCUUUCCAUUGCUGUUGAUGAACUCUUUAGAGGACUUCUUGCAGCUCAAAAAGAUACUAAAAUUACUGGCAAUCAAGAUCAAGAAAAGGCGAUCACGGGCUUGUUAGACGGGAGUGGCGAAUAUACGCUGGUUUACGAGGAUAACGAAGGAGACAGGAUGCUUGUUGGGGAUGUCCCAUGGCACAUGUUUGUUUCUACGGUUAAGAGGCUGCGUGUGAUAAGGAGUACUGAGAUUUCUAACCUAUGCUUGGGAAGUAAGCAAGAAAAGAUCCACCAUUGAUGAUGAUGGUGAAUGGAAGGCAUAGGUGUAGCUGUUUGCAGUGUAAAUGAAGAAUUUGGAUUGACAGUAUGUGUUUUAUUUAUCAACUAGCAAUUUGGGAAGGCUUGUUUAUCCAUUGAAGAAUCAACCUGUCAAAAUUGGUUUUUCUGAGCAAAUUUUCUUCAGUUUUUUGAUCUGGGUUAGUGCUAAAAACUUGUGGAAAUGUUAAGUUAGAUGUUAUUAUCAUCUGCAUAUCCCUUUCUGGUG